AUGCAACUAUGUGGAUGUUUACCGGUUGGAAAUAGUGCGCGAAAUGAAGAAAAGCAGUCAAAUACCAAGCCACCGGUCAAGAGAUACUCUCUCAAACAUGAUGCACUCACAAAUGGUAAUAGUAACUCGUCGUCUGGAGAACCGAAGGUUCGAAAAGAACGAACUAGAUCGAAUACAAGCACUAUGACUGAGUCAGGUACCAAGCGAUAUACAUUAAAAAAACAAUCUUCAUCGGCUUCAGUUAAUAAAGUUAUUUUUCUCGAUAAUCAUCAUCAUCACUCACAGAAAGAUUUGUCGGAAAGACGAGUAGGUGCAUACAUGAAUGAAAGUGAAACUGAACAACGAAAUUUUCUCAAAUUAAAUAAAGAAAAACGACGAUCCAUUCACGAACUACAAUUCAAUCAAACAGUUUUCAAUGAAAAGAAACGCGCAAAAAGUUCGCCGGAUGUCAAUCAGUUUACAAGAGGAAAUACAUCGCAUGAAAAUACGACAUGUGAUGAAAAUGAGAAUCCCGACAAUUCCCGACAUAGAAGAUCAGCUGCACGUCGUCGAAAACGAAGUAAAUCUCCUCGAAAACAAAUGCCAUCCGAAAUUCUAGAAGCAAUCAAAUUUGAGCUCGUAGAACCCACUGGUUUAGAUGAAAAUCAGCUCAAAGAUAUACCUUAUGAAAAUAUCAAGACCACUGCUCAACCAUUUCGUAUUAGUCUUUCGCCACAUGCCGCUCGACGACGACGUUCUUCACCAUUCAAUCGUGCCGGGGAUGUAUUAAAUCAACAAAAAUCAUCAGUAUUGCUCGAACGACAGAUAAUUAAAACUCAAAUAAUUCGAUUGUUUUUUCGAUGA